GCUUUGUGGAUUAGGGUUUACACCUCUGUGCGAGUCGGCAGUCCUGUUCUUUCUCCCGAGCUCUCAACCCCUACCUCUGUUCUCUUUGUUGCCUCUGCUCUGCAAUCAUGGGGAAGACACAUGGUAUGGGAGCUGGGCGCAAGCUCAAGUCCCACAGAAGGAGACAAAGAUGGGCCGACAAAGCCUACAAGAAAUCUCACCUUGGCAAUGAAUGGAAAAAGCCAUUUGCGGGAUCAUCUCAUGCCAAAGGCAUUGUGCUUGAAAAGAUUGGUAUUGAAGCUAAGCAGCCGAACUCUGCCAUUCGGAAAUGUGCUAGGGUUCAACUCAUUAAGAAUGGCAAAAAGAUAGCUGCAUUCGUCCCCAAUGAUGGAUGUUUAAAUUUCAUUGAAGAAAAUGAUGAAGUUUUGAUCGCUGGAUUUGGACGAAAGGGACAUGCCGUGGGAGAUAUUCCUGGUGUUAGAUUCAAGGUUGUGAAGGUGUCUGGAGUCUCACUCUUGGCCCUUUUCAAGGAGAAGAAGGAGAAGCCUAGAUCUUAAUUAUUUACUUCGAAAUCAUCUCAAUGCUGAGUUAAGUUUUUGUUACUAGAUUUGCGUAAGUCAAGAACUGCUGCAUCAAUAUCUCAGUAUCAUUCUGUUUAAGGAUUUUACUAUUGAGUGACUUGAUACAUCAUUUGUUCUAAAUCCCUUCUUAUGAACAACAGUUUUUCAAUGUGUGUUUUUAAUAUCGUC